GUGAGAAAGUGUUUGCGAAUCAACGUAGAUUUUGGGAAGGCUGAUUUGCCGACUGGGUGGAAGGUUUUGGGUGAAGCUGUACAGGGCUGUCGGCAGUGCGGUGGCGAUGUCUGGAGGCGACCGCGCCCAGAUCAAGCAUGACUGGUACCAGACGGACCAGGACGUGGUGGUGAACGUGCUGGCCAAGGGGCUACCGGCCGACGCGGUCAGCGUCACCAUCACCGCCACCGCGCUGAGCGUGUCGGCGCGUCUGCCGUCCGGCAGCGAGUACAGCCUCGAGCUGGACCUGCUGCACCCGGUGCUGCCCGAGCGCUCGUCGUGGCGCGUGCUUGCCAGCAAGCUGGAGGUGAAGCUGCACAAAGAGGAGGCGCACCGUUGGUCGACGCUGGAAGGGGACGGCCGAGCCCCGUCGGUGCGGCCGGCGGCCGGUCAGCUGCCGCCGGCCUACACCAGCUCGGCGCCGGGCGGCCGCGACUGGGACGCGAUCGCCGCCGACAUCCGCCGCCAGGAGGAGCAGGAGAAGCCCGAGGGCGAGGAGGCGCUCAACAGCCUCUUCCAGAAGAUCUACGCCGACGGCUCGGACGACGUGAAGAAGGCGAUGCAGAAGAGCUUCACCGAGUCGGGCGGCACCGUGCUCAGCACCAACUGGCAGGACAUCGGCAAGAAGAAGACCGAGAUCAAGUCGCCCGACGGCAUGGAGUUCAAAAAGUGGGAUUAAGACGGGGGGGGGGGGGGGCAGGUCAGGCGAGGACGGAUGAUGGGCAUGUCCGGUGCGACACCUGUCAGGAUAUUGCGCGUUCAAAGUAUGCUUAACAGUUCAGGAGAAACACCACAGCGUAUUCUGUGUCAUGGUGCAUACCUGCGGCCCACUAAGCGCUGCGGUGGCGCAGGCACGACGGUUCCCCGUGCACGCAUCUUGUUCUGCCGCGCGAAGGCUAAUCCUCGCACGUCACAAUUAGCAUGCUCCCGGGAUCGGGCUUACGUGGUUUCGCCUUUGCACGGCAGAAUUGUGUGUUUCAUUGAUUCUUGUGGGAGUGGAUUGUUCAGCGAGGCGUGCUUUUGUCAUUUGCGUUGGUUCAUAUUACCGGUUCCGGAGUACCCUCAUAAUCAUUGCAUUGGGCUGACACCGGUUUGCCACAAGCACCUUUACUAAUAUAUGAGGUCUACCCAAAUU